AUGGGCGAAUCAAGCAAAAGUGCAAGUAUCAAUAAUCUUAUUCCAAGCAACGGGAUGCGGUUUAUAGCAAGUCCUAGUGAUUUCGAUGGUCGAGAUUCUAAUGAGGCUGAACGUUGGCUUAUCAAGUUGAACCAGAUCCUGAAGGUGAACAAGGUGGAAGAUAUUGAAACUAUCAUGGCCAUAACUGGAAGUUAUCUGAAGGGAAGAGCCUUGGACUGGUGGUAUUCUAUCCAAGAAGAAGUGAAGUCUUUCCAGCAAUUUGAGGAUUUGUUCAAGAAGAAAUUCAUGAAGGUGAUCUAUGAGAAGGCGUGGAGAGAGUUGAAGGCUGUGCAACAACAGGAGGGUGAAGAUGUUGAGGGAAUCAGCAAUCGGCUCAGGCAAUUGUUCAGAGCUGCAGGUGUAACCGACGAUGGUACAAAGAAGGCUAUUUUUGUGGCAUCAGUUCUUCCAAGUAUUGGCUAUGAAAUGGAAAAAGUUUUGGCUACUAGGAAAAAGAUUACAUUUGAAGAUUUGGUGGAUGAAGCUGCUGAGCACGAGGCGUUGGUGUUGAAGUAUGACAAGAAAAAGGAAGUGGUGAUUUACAACAACAAUGGUGCACAGAAGAAAGUGGUGUCAUUUGAAUUGGAUAACAACAGCAUGAUGAACAGCAACAAGGAUUAUCUCAGUGAGGGGUCCUCUAUCAGCUCGGUGUUGUCUGACUUGGUGAAUGAGAUGAGGGCACUCAAGAUCAGUAGUGUGGAACAGAAGGAAUUGAUUCAGCAACAGCAACACAUCAUUGCACAACAUAACCUGGUCAUACAACAACAAGGUGGGGGAGGAAAUGGCAAUCAUUAUCAACAACGUAGCAACUUUCAGCAACAGCACCAACCAAGACCAUUUAAUGAUUCAUGUUACAACUGUGGCGAGUAUGGGCAUAUUGCUCGAGCGUGUCCAGCUCCACCAAGAAGAAGACAGCAACCAGGUUUCAGUGGUAGUGGCAUUGCUGGUCCUAAUCAGCUGGGAAGCAUCAAUCAAAUGGACAACAAUGAGGGUAACAAUGGUAACAAGGAGAAUUCGGGAAAAGAGUUGGGCCGUCAGUAG